AUGGAUCACGUCGCAAAGAAACUUGAAAGUGACCUCGACAUCAAGUUCCACAACUCCUUUGAUGUCAAUAAGCUUGCUUCCAUUGCACACCCUCCUCCAUUGCACACCCAACUUAUUCCAGGCAAGGCACAUUUGAAGGGCAAUUAUGGUGGUAUUCUGCUGUCUGCAGUUGCAGUAGAUGCCAACAAUGAAAUAUAUCCCUUAGCAUAUGCCAUAGUGAGAUCUGAAGACAAAGAAACUUGGGCUUAUUUCUUCUGGCAUCUUCACAACAUAGUCAAGCAGUCAAGCAGAGAACAUUGGACUAUUAUAUCUGACAGACAAAAGGGAGUUGAUAUUGCCCUAAAACAAGUAUGGCCUUCUGCAAAAAGAAGGUAUUGCUGCAGGCAUUUAAGCAGAAACUAUAAAAAAGCAUUCCCAAGUCCUCUGAUGUAUACGUUGUUCUGGAGGGCAUGCAAUGCAACAAAUAAGAACACAUUUAGAAAAGCAAUGGAGAAGUUGCAAAAGGAAGGAGGAGAGGAUGUUAUGACUUGGUUUGCUGAGUUAGGUGAUCAGUCAAAAUGGAGCAAACAUGCCUUUGAUCCAAAUGUCUGUAAUGACUCAAACACCUCUAACUUUGUUGAGAGUUUUAACUCCACACUAGGUGUUGACAGGUGCAGACCUGUCUUAACUCUCCUUGAAGGUAUUAGAAGAGUCUGUAUGGUCAGGAUUGCUUCAAGGCAUGAGAGAGCACAAGGAUGGGAGGAUAAUGAUUUAUGCCCCAAGAUUGCAAAGAUGGUCAGGGAAAUUAGCAAAGCUACCUCCACCUGCAGAGCUUUUCAGUCAAGUCCAGGAGAACAUGCAGUGAGGGCAAUGCUCCAUGCUAAGGUUGAUCCUCAUAAUUAUGUAAGCUCCUGGUAUACUGCAAGAACAUACAAGAAAAUUUACAAAUAUGUUAUAAACCCUGUUCCCGUUUCAAGUCAGUGGCCACCUGCUGAUGCUAACCACCCUCACAUUCAUCCACCAAAGAUAAAGAGAGGUGUUGGUAGGCCAAGUAGAAACAGGAAGAGAAAAGAGGGUGAAGACCAACUAGGGAAGAGGUCUAGAACAAUUAAAUGCAGCAACUGUGGGAACUUGGGGCACAAUGCCUGCAGAAUACCACCAUAA